CAGUGAGGUUCACAUAUUCGAUACGUGAAGCUGGUUGAUUACAGUAGCUGUCUGAUACUGGCAUGUCCAAAGACGUCAUAACACAAAUAAUUGAAUAACUCAGUUUCACUGCACUUUGUUUAAGUAAGCUUACUUACAUUUGCAUGCAAAAACCCUGCAAGUACACUGGGCCUAAGAAUUGCAGAGCACUGUCACACAAUACCGCGCAGUAGACAAGGACACCAAAAUGGCAUUGUCUCUAUAACAACCUCAGGGAACAAUCUAUUGUUGUAGUUGAACUUUUACAACUGCUCUCAAGGACAAGCCCUGGCAUUUUCCACUGGCACAAAACUGUCAGCCAUAGACAAAGAGCCAUAAAUCAGCAGCAUAACUGAGAUGUACCCCAUUCACACAACCACAGCCGUGUCCCCUUUCAUCAGCUCAACACUGUUCUCCCUCUGCUGGCUGAGUGUCAUGAUCAUAAUGUAUUAGAACUGCCACACGUCCCCUGGCUAUGUAUAGACACGGCUAUUCUUGUAGCCGUGAAGAGAAAUACAAAUACAGUGGGUAGCCAGUCAAGUACAUCUGUUCCGGACAGUGACGGUUCAGUUGAGCUGCUUCUCCGCCCUGACUGGAAGGAAUGCCUUGACUAAAUGCUUCUCGUAUGGACAUGAGGUACUCCGGUUGUUGUCCUUAUUUCCUCUGUGUCAUUUUUCCAUUUGGCUUCUGGCGGGGAUGAAAAUCGAUGGCGGCGUGAUGAUGGAGCCUAGCAGCUGUCUGGGCUCAGGGGCUGAUGGUGAGGAGCCAGCCCCGGUCCAGCCUCCACAGCCUGUCGGGAUGGACGUCCUCAAAGUGAGAGUAGAUGAGACGGUUUUUGUGGUGGACAAAGCCCUCGUCACUCAACACUGUGAGUACUUCCGAGCCCUUUUCCAGUCUGGAAUGCGUGAAUGCCAGCAGGAGGAGAUCCACCUGAGGGAGCUGGGGGCGGGGGGGUUUCUGAUGGCCCUGCGUGUCCUGAGCGGGGAGAGGCCCAUGCUCAGCGGAGACGAGAUUGUCGAGGCCAUCGAGUGUGCCUCUUUCCUCCAGGUGGACUCCCUCACGAAACACCUCAUAAAUAUCCUUAACUCUGACAACUGUGUGCUCAUGUACCACACGGCGGCUACCUACGGGCAGCGGCAGCUCUCCCACAGCGCCGCUCUGUUUAUCAGAGACAUGGACUCUGAACUGAGAGAAGAACUGGGCGCCUUGCCAAGAGAGCUGGUGGAAUACAUUGAGUCCCUCAGUCCCGGCAGAUACAUGGUGGUCUGCACCCAUUCCCCUACCAUCGAGCUGCUGCAGAACUCCCAGAGGACGGUCUGCUUCCUGGACGAAGAGGAGAGAGACUGGAAAGUCUUGACUCAGUUACCCGUGAAUGCCAGCACAACCAUGGCAGGGGUGACUGUCUUAGACAACAAACUGUACAUCGUCGGAGGGGUGCAUGACGUCAGCAAGAAAGUAGUAGACACUGGCUACUGCUACAGCCCGGAAAGUGACUCCUGGUCUCUGAUCCCAAGCCCCCAGCAGCCCCGCUACAACUUCACUCUGAUUGGACAUGAAGGCUACCUCUAUGCCUUGGGGGGGGAGUUUGAAAGGAAAGCCAUGGCAUCUGUGGAGCGGUACAUGGUCUCUACAGGAACCUGGAGUUUUGCCUCCGACCUUCCCUGCCCUGUGGCCUCUGUGGUCUCAACCAAGGCCAUGAGCAGGAUCUUCAUCAGCCUUUGGAAGUCUAAAGGUGCCACAGAGAUCCAGGAGUAUCUGCCUGAAAAGGACCGGUGGGUGGUGGAAACCACAUUGGUCCGCCACCAGAGCUACGGUCACUGUAUGGUAGCCCACAGGGACAAUCUGUAUGUGAUAAGUAAUGGUCCAGGCGAAGACUUCCUGCUGUGUGUGAUGGACUGUUAUAAUCUCACUUCUGGCCAGUGGACGGCCAUGCCAGGCCAGUAUGGGAAUAGUAAAGGGGCCCUAUUCACAGCCGUGGUCAUAGGAGAUUCUGUUUUCACCCUCAACCGCAAGGUGACCACAGAGUACUCCAUAGAGGAACACAGGUGGAGAAUGAAGAGGGAGAUGACUGGCUUUGGGAGGAUUGGAUCCAUGUACACAUUCCUCUUGAGGAUGCCAAAUGCCCAGCACCGCAUUUUAGGAAACUCUCACGCUUUGAUUGAUGGUCUAAGUUAUGGGACCCGUAUUAACCACAGACCCAGGUCCUCUUUACAAUGUUUGGACUAAUUCCUUAUCAAUAGAUUUCUUCAUAUGAUGUCUCUACACCUAGUAGGCGGAGAGACUUGUUUAAAGUUAAUGUUGUCCCCUUCAUUUGCAUUGGAAAGUGCAGUACAACCAGUGAAGCUGUGUCGAGUUUGAUCAUGCAUACUGUAUUUCAAAUUAAUCUUUCCAUGGAAAGUAAGCAAUGGUUUGUAAUGUUCUUAAAUAUUUUUCCUGUUUUCACAACAAACAGGCUCUCUAUGGCCCUAAGGUCCCAGUGGUAUCACUGCUAGGACUCAAGGUUACAUAGGGCCAGAAUUUUUUUCACAGCAAGCCAACACUGCUGUAAUUAGGGUAUGUUUGCAGCUGUGUUUAGAAAGAUCUCCCUAGAUGGACACGUUUUGAAAUCUAAUGGGAUAACCUGUGUAAGUAAGACAUCAUUCAUUCGAUAGAUAACGCAAAUACUUGGCCCCUGGCAAAAAAGAUUGCAAGUAAGUGGAAGACUGGUAUGUUAUGAAGCAAUAAAAUAUCAUUAA